UUGUUGCUGUUAUGAAGUUGAGUGACAAAUCAGAUGGGAUAUCUGUAUUUUCAAAUCAGUUUUGUAUUUAAAAAAUGACUUCUGCUAAUUAUGUUUACCUCAUAAAAAUCAAGUUUUGUAGAUUUUAUUCACUUUCUUGUGAAUAAAGACGUAAAUCAUUGAUCGUUCUCGGAUAGAUGUGAGUUCUGAUAUUAUAAAAAAUGGCACUGCAGGAUCAUUCUAUUCGUAAAGGCGGAGAUCGUAAUGAAUUUUUGACUAAGUAUCAUGCCAUAUCAGCAAAACUGAAAAAACGUUUUUUGAGAAAGCCAAAUGUUGCCGAAGCCAGUGAUCAGUUUGAUAACCUCGCGAUGGAAUGUGAACAAAAAGAGCUAUUGCAAUAUGCCGGAUUGUGCUGGUUAUCAGCUGCCCGAUGUCAAGGCACACUAGGAAAUGUGAUAACGGAAAUCAAUUUUUUAACAAAAGCGGGACGACAAUUUAUCACUGCUGAAAAGAAGAAUGAACAGAUAGGAUGUUCUUCUUUAGGUCAAGAAAAUUUACAGGCUGCAAUAAAUUUUUUUGGACAUGCAUUAACACGAUGCCAAAGUCAAGAAGGUUUCAGCAUGAUGUCUGCUGGAUUAGCAAUGGAACUUGCGUCUGCUUUGGGUUCAAAUGGAAUUCAAAAUUUACGCAAAUCUAUCGAAUUGCAUCCAACUUUGCGUGCAAUUAAUACACUUGCAUCUCAUUACAUCAAAGAAGGAGAUUACACAUCUGCUCUUCAAGUUUUAACGGAAUUAGUAGAACUGGCUGGAAAUAAUACCAACUCGGGAACAACUGGACAUUACAGCUCUAUUUUACAAAGGUGCGAGAUAAGCCGAGUGUUGCUCCUUUUAAUUCUUCAGCCUACUCCGCAAAGACUGGCGCCCUCUCAGGCACAAGUUUUGGAAAAAUAUGCCUGGGUAGAAGAAAGUUCAAAUAUUGGUCUAAAAAUGGGUGAAGAUGAAAUGCUGCUAUUGCAAUCUUUAGUCUUAGCCUGCCAAUCCCACGAUUAUCAGGCGUUGUUGGAAUUAGAAGCAGAACUGUGGCCCUAUUUAGACAUAGAACAAAAAGGAUUAUUAAACAAAUUGGUGCAAACGCUCAAUAAGCAAUAGUUGUAAAUAGCAAUGCUUGUUAUCUUCUUACCUGGAUGCAAACAUGAAUGUACAAAUAAUUAUAAAUUAGAAUCACAAUCGCAUUUAAAAUAUUUAUCCUCGUUAUUAAAUGUUCUCAUAAUAAGUAAAUUAUAAGGAUUAUAAUAAUA